AUAGAAUUUCAUAAAAGAAGAUUUGGGCCUUUGCACAACUCCUUUUCUGUAAGCAAUCAAUCUUACCGAGUCUUCCUUUAUUUUUAUUGACGAGCCAUAGAUGAUUCAUGCUGUGACCCACCAGCAAAAACCUAUCCCUUUAAAUACCUUUGCUUAAUACAAGAGUUCUUCAACCAUAGGAAUCAAAUCAUCUCUUCUUAUAGAUAUCUGUUCUUGCUAAUAACAAAAGAGACAAGAGGCUAGAGUAAAUUUCCAGCUUUUCCAUCAGAAAUGAAGAACACAUUUCAGGAUCAAGCUUUAGGAAUUCCAAUCAACUCAGCAGCAUACACUGCUAGAAGAUCGCCUCUGAGAUACUUGCCAGGACCUGAUGGCCAAUACGCUCAGGCAUAUUUUAAACAAUGCAAAGCAGACUCGAUGCUUAAGAUGAUGAACAAGCUAGGAAAGAAAGCAGACAAUUUUGCAAAUGGUGUUCGAGAGCAUGUAAGACUAGGGCCAAAGAUUAGUGAAACAGUCAAAGGAAAGCUGAGCCUGGGGGCUAAGAUUCUUCAAGUAGGAGGGGUGGAAAAAAUCUUUAAGCAGUUAUUUGUUGUUAGCGAAGAUGAAAAACUGUUGAAGGCCUCCCAGUGCUAUUUGUCAACAACAGCAGGUCCUAUUGCAGGCCUUCUAUUCGUCUCCACUGAAAAAGUCGCCUUUUGUAGUGAGAGAUCCAUCAAAAUCUCUUCUCCGAGUGGAAAAUCAGUUAGAGUCCAUUACAAGGUAUUGGUUCCUCUCAAGAAGAUAAAAAUGCUUAACCAGAGUGAGAAUGUAAAGAAGCCAUCACAAAAGUAUCUGGAACUAGUUACAGUGGAUGAUUUUGAGUUCUGGUUUAUGGGAUUCAUAAAUUAUCAAAAAUCUUUCAAAUAUCUUCAGCAGGCAAUGUCUCAAAUCUCAGAUGAGAUGAAUGUCGCUUUCUAGCUAGGGACUUAAAUCUUCUACCUUGUCAGAAAUUCAGAAUAUUAAGUUCAUGGAGAGAGAAAAACUAGACACAACUACAGUACUGUAUCAAAUUUUGUUAGUGAAUGUAUAAAUUCUUAAGAAAUUACUGUAAUUAAAUUCUUGUGAAUAUUCUAUGAUUUUCAACAAGUUUCUGGCCAGGAAAACAAAAUUUCAUCCAGAGACAAGUUCUGAAAUGUAUGUCAGCAUUUAUAAUGUCACUAAAUGUUUUCCUCGUUAA